UGUUGUUGGAAUGAAUAGCAUAAUCUGGCAAACUGACUUUACAGAAUGAAGAAUGAACCAGCGAGACGUCGCCUGGCUCGAAUAAGAUGCCUUUUGGAGAGCAUAAAACACAUAGAACAAGGGAAAAGUUUGCCUUCGGCACUGUGUUUUGUUCCUGCGGAAAUUGAGUACGCAAGGGAAGAUAAUAGGAACCAAAGAGUUAUAACGAUACACAAGAAACCAAAAAGUGAUGCUCAGUGUGUUGGAGAGCUGCCAGCUGUGUCUAAUCUUCAACUGUUUGCAUCAGGAAGUGAAGUCUUUAAUAGUAGUGGCUCCUGGAUAAAGCUUUCUCAGAAAACUUUACAGAGGUACUGUUCUGGUAAACCAGCAAAAGAGGGGUGGAUUCUUGCAGCACCUUAUGACAGUAAACAUGGUGUAGGAACACCUUAUGUCAAAGCUGUAGAUGGCAGUUCACCAUCUAAAGGAUCUAGAACCAUCAAAAGUUGGCAAGAGGCAGUAGAGAUGUGUUACUCACUCAGGAUAUCUGACCCACCCUCCAUUGAAAAGUAUGCUGACAAAGAAGCCAUGCAACAGCUGAGUGCUCCUCCACCAAAGUGGAAUUUAGAUGCAGAUGAGGAGCUGGCCAAGUUUAUGGCUGAUCAUAUAAAUAAACAUGAAGCAUCACUUGGAAAUAUCAGCAGAUAUGUGGAGUCAGUGCAAGUUUCCUCUGAGGAGGACUCAAAAGAUGCAUUGACAGAUGGUGAUCCAGAUACCUUCUGGGAAACAGAUGGCAGACAGGGUAAACAUUGGAUUAAGCUCUCAAUGAGAGCAGGAACUAUCAUUAGGCAACUUUCUGUCACUGUAGAUGCCAAAGAUGAUAACUACAUGCCACAUCAUAUUAUAGUCAUGGGUGGAGAUUCUGCCAACCUCAAACAACUCAAUGAAGUCUUUAUUGAUACAAGCCAUACAGGGGAUGUGUGUAUUUUGAAAGGCAUGACACAAUACUUCAGUAUCAUUCAGAUUGCAAUUAAAGAAUGCAAAGAUGAGGGUAUUGACACUCGUAUCCAUGGUAUCAAAUUAAUAUCAGAGAGUGAAAAGGAGCCAGGACUGAACCAAGAUUUGUUUACACCCACGGAACUUAUCAGGUUUCCUAAACUAGAUGCCGUAGAUCCUGCUCUGCUUUACAGAAGAGCACAAGCCUUGCUCAGAUUCAUUGAGCUUCUAGACAGUGUACUGCAUUACCUUCUUCCUUCCUGGAAUUAUUCUGCUGGGUCAUUUAAAGAUUUGGAGGCCAUACGUCAGCUUCUUCCUCUGUCGAAGCACAGAACCUUGUUAAUUGAAAAAGUCAUUAGAGAAUCACAGUCAAGCUCACCUGCGCAUAUGCCAAAGUUAUUUAUCAAUAGACGAUCAGCAGCUGAACACAGAGCGGAUCCAACACAAGAUCCAGAUGCCAAACACUCCAUACUGAACCAGUUAUAUGAAGGGCUCAAGCAGGAAAAGUGUGGCGUAAAAAUGGAUUACAGGUGGUCAGCCAGGUAUGAUCAGUGGUGGGAAUGCAAAUUCCUUUCGGAAGGAAUUAUUGAUCAAGGUGGUGGUUUUCGAGACUCCCUUGCAGACUUGGCCGAAGAACUUUGUCCAAGCUCAGUUGAUGCUCCAAUACCUGUCCCUUUCUUCAUUCGCAGUCCAAAUCAGUUACACGAUUCUUCAAAUGUCAAUAGAGAUGCCUACGUGCCUAACCCUUCAUGUAAGCAGUUCGGAAAGUACGAGUGGAUUGGGAUGUUAAUGGGAGCAUGCCUUAGAAGUAACAGAGAACACUUGGUUCUUUCACUUCCGUCUUUCGUUUGGCGGCAACUCGUCGGUGAAAAGGUGACUUGGUCGCGAGAUUUCAUGACAGUUGAUUCUGCCCAGGUCAAGUUGCUCGAAUCUCUCGAAACAAUGGAUAAGGAAUCGUUUGAUACGAAGUUUGGUGGAGUGUUAACGUACACAACGGUUUUAAGCGAUAACACGUUAAUAAACCUUGUCCCUGGAGGAGCUGAUAAAUUCGUAGAUUAUGAACAAAGAACUGAGUACAUUCAGCUGGUGCGAAAUUGCCGGAUGGGCGAAGGGAAACAGCAGAUUGAAGCGAUCAGAAGGGGUCUUCUAAAAGUUCUUUCCCAGGCUGUUCUCGACCUUCUUACUUGGCAGGAACUGGAGAGAAGAGUGUGUGGCGAUCCUGAUUUGGCAGUGGAGGCGUUAAAAAAGUGUAUGCACUACGAAGAUAUCACCGAGAAUGACAGGCGCGUGAAGUUUUUGUGGAAAGCGUUGGAGAAUUUCACAAACGAUGAUCGCAGUCGAUUUCUACGUUUUGUCACGGGACGGAGACGACUUCCAGCGCCUUUGUACAUCUGUCCUGGGAGAAGUUCUGUGCAAGCUGACUCAUUGCCUGAAGCUGCCACUUGUUCAAGCACUCUUUUUCUACCAGAAUAUACAAGUGCAAAAGUAGCUGAAGAAAAGAUUCGAUACGCUGCUUACAACUGCAUGGCGAUCGACACAGAUGUCAGUCCGUGGGAAGAGUAACUAACGUGGUGUUGAAACCGCGCGAAAGGAACCGAAAAAACGAACCGAUUGCUUCACGACAAGAAACGAAUCUUUCAAAAACGAACCGAACACUCCACGAAAAAAGCCGACUAACUUAAGCGAAAUUUGAUAAGUGUCGGUGGCUUCACAAGAACCAAACACUCUACGCGAGAGAGCGGCUCUAUUACUUAAAUUUCCCGAAUCUUACACGCAAAUAAUAGAUUUUAGCCUACAGGAACUGAGACUUGAACGACUAUGACCGAAAUGCGCAACGAGAAACGAAUGCUGCAAGAGAGCGGACAGCACCACACGAGGUGAACCGAAAAGUUCCCGUGAAGAACCGAAUCAUCCCGAAGCCAAGAUCACAGUGCCUCCGACUUUCUUAGAGUUCAAUCCAGCAAAACAUCGUUAUUCGUUUCACCUUAAUAAUGAAUAAUUCAAUCGCUAGCGGUCCUAAAGGACUGACUCAUACUGGCCUUUUAAAUAAGCAAAUCCUUUAAGGAUAGCUAUUUGCAUGCUCCUAAGUUUUGCAAACGUUUCAUUCAUCUUAGCUUGAGAUAUCUUUAACCUUUGUUUCCCGAUAUGUAACAUGCCAAUUCUCCUUACAAUAUCAAUUCAUACACAGCGCGCAGCCAAUGAGAAAAGACAUGCCUAUCACCUCAAGGGUGUAAGUCUGUGAUCUUGAUAUAGAAACAGAUUCCCUUAACUAGUUUUCCAAAGGAUGGCUCGAAACCAGAAGGGAGAAGUGCUCAUCUCAUCGUGGGAGUAAAAGUGUCUCUAUGCUGAUUGUAUCAGUCUCAAGGCGAUUAUUGUAAUUUCUUUGCUGAAUAUAUUUUCUUAAAAAUUUUAUGGCGUAAAAUUCGUAAAAUUUGAAAAGCUAAUGUAGCCACGAGGUAAAAACUUAGGGCUACUGCGUAUAAAAGAUUAAAUCAGCUUUAAGAUUGAAAAAAAAAUUGAUUUUAAAAAUACAAUUAAUUGUUCGCGUGGAGUACAUGGGAAGAGGAAAGAUCCAUUGGAGAAAUUUU